AUGUCUGCGAGUGAAUCCUCCGAGGUGCGAAUCUUCACCAAGCCUGGGGCCUCGCCACACCUUGACGGAACACGAGCACCAAGCUGGCGCCGACGAAGUUUCGAAUAUUUGUCCACCGCGUCGUCCGACCAGACGGUUUCCUUGCAACCGGAUGGUGGGGUCUCGAUGACAUGCGCUAUCUGGCCGGGUUUCUGCGACUCCGUCGGCUGGUACCAACACUCCUGCACCCACUUGGAGGCAUCCGUGUCACUUGCUUUAUUGCAGACUCGGCCUGAUACGAUUGCCAGAGGCCGGCCCACGAGGGCCAGUUUGAGGUCACGGAAGAGGGGAGAGAAGUGCCAUCGUCGUGUUUUGAUGCUAUCGGAUAACUCGGCUGUGAGGUCUAUGGAGUCUCAAGCUUUUCAUGCUUUGUUGCCUAGGCUAAUUUGUUUCCUAUCAAUGCAUCCGGUCAUCUUCUACGGUAGGUCAACGUUGUCAAAGUCGCUCUCAUUUUGUCGUCCAGCGCACCCUUCACUUCAUCGGUCUAUCGAAGCUCUCCGUCUCCAUGACGCUGGUGUUACUGGCUAG